CUACACUAACCAGGAAGUUUCGCUUCUACCACGCGUUUUCAGGUCGCUUAGUGAAAAACAUUCUGUGCUAAUAAUAUGCUGUAAGCUCUUUACAGAGCGAGAUAGUGCGGUCUUGAAAACGGGUCUACGAUUGUAGCUAUUUUACGCUGUAGCUAUUUUAGCCGUGCUGUUUUAUUUACAGCGUCAUGGACUUGUUCGAAAGUGGCAAAGUUGUGAGAGUUUGCGCCCCAAUGGUUCGCUACUCGAAGCUGUCUUUCAGGUGUCUGGUGCGGAAAUAUGGCUGUGACAUCUGUUUCACGCCUAUGAUAGUUGCAGCGGAUUUCAUGCGUUCUGUAAAAGCCAGAGACAGUGAAUUCACCACUAACAGCUCUGAUCGACCUUUGAUCAUCCAAUUUGCUGCAAAAGAUGCUCAGACACUGGCAGAUGCUGCUCGUGUGGUUGCACCCUUCUCAGAUGGUGUGGAUCUAAAUUGCGGCUGCCCUCAGAGGUGGGCUAUGGCAGAGGGCUACGGGGCAUGCUUGAUUAAUAAACCACAGCUAGUAAAAGACAUGGUGAGACACGUGAAAAACCAAGUAGACAAACCCAACUAUGCCGUGUCCAUUAAAAUAAGAAUUCAUAAGGACUUGCGGAAGACUGUGGACCUUUGUCAGAAGGUGGAGGCAGCAGGGGUGUCGUGGAUCACAGUCCAUGGGCGGACAGCUGAGGAGAGGCAUCAACCAGUGCACUACGAUGCUAUCAAGAAUAUUAAGGAUAGUCUCUCCAUUCCAGUCAUUGCCAACGGCGAUAUCAAGAACCUUCGAGAUGUGGAGUCCAUACACCAGCUCACUGGCGUGGAUGGUAUGCCUACAGAGAUGACUUUGCAGUGGACUGCAGUGGCUUUGUUCCUCUACGUUGAGAUCGGAAUCCUUGUUAUCCUCUGUCUGCCUUUCAUCUCACCUCAAAGAUGGCAGAAGAUUUUCAACCUGAGCAUAUGGAACAGUAUUGGUCAUUUCUGGAACAAAGGAUUCCUGGCAAUGAUCAUCAUCCUCAUAGUUCUUUUUCUAGAUGCUGUGAGGGAGGUUAGGAAGUACUCUGGAACUCAGCCCAGUAAAGAAGCCGUGCCUAGCAUGUAUGAUCACUUGCAUAUGAAGCUUUUCAGAGCCCAGAGGAACCUGUACAUCUCUGGUUUCACCCUCUUCCUGUGGCUAGUCAUGCGACGAGUGAUCAUGCUGAUAAAUCAGCUGGCAGUGGCUAACAACACCAGCAAAGCUCUUCAUGCCCAGACAGAGGCAGCUAACCAGGCUGCCAGGAAGUACAUGGAAGACAUCGAGCUGCUCAAGCAGGCUUUCACAGAUAAUGCAGAGGGGGAAAAGAGUGCACAGAAGAAUGAGCUUCUCAGGAAGGAGGUGCAGAAACUCACAGAGGAGCUGAAGAUAUCUGAUGAAGCUCUGAAGAAGUCCAAGUCAGAAGUUGAGGCCAUGAAGGAGCAGACAGAGAGCCUGACCAAAGAGUAUGACCGUUUACUUCAAGAGCACCAGAUAUUGCAGAAUCAGAUGGAGAGUGACAAUAAGAAAGAUACGUGAGCAAACCAGUCAGCAGGAAACUGGCGGCAAACUCUGCAUGGCACCUCCCACUUCCCCCCCAAGGAAGGGGAAUGUACAGUUUUACAUGGUGUUAAUUAGAGCAAAUGCAGACCUAAAUUCACUCUCAAAACACCUUUUUUGGGUUAAUUCCAUG